AUGAAAAAUUUUUUACUGGCCAUUUUCUUUGCCACUGCAGCAAUCGCUGCCCCCGAUCCAAGCAGCUGCCGAUGUCAACCCAAUCAGCCAUGCUGGCCAUCACCACAGGAGUGGAAUGCCCUCAACAGCUCGAUUGACGGUAACCUGGUCGCAGUGCAGCCUGCUGCUGCUCCUUGUCACAUUAACCCCAACAGCACCGCCUGCCAGGAAGUCACGGCGCAAUGGACCAACUCCGUCUGGCGCGCCGCUCAGCCCGGCGCCGUGCAAUGGGAGAACUGGGCAGCCUGGCCGGAACAAAAUGAGAGUUGUUAUAUCGAGACUGCGGCGUAUAUGCCAUGCCAGCAGGGGCGUAUCUCGCUCUACUCUGCCGUGGUCCAGAACGCGCGACACAUCCAGGAGGCUGUCCGGUUUGCAAAGCAGCAUAACGUCCGUCUCGCGAUCAAGAACUCCGGCCACGAUUUCCAUGGACGCUCGGCGGCUCCGAACUCCCUUCAGAUCUUGACCAACCGAAUGAAGGGAAUUCAGUUAGUAGAUAAUUUCGUUCCGAAUGGGGCGCCGAACGAUGAAGGUGAAGGUCCGGCUGUAACGCUGGAUGCUGGGAUUAGUCUGCAGGAGAUAAAUGCUGCGCUCAGCAAGCAGAACAGAACGGUAGUGGGAGGCUCCGCUCACACUGUUGGCCUAACCGGAGGGUAUAUCCAAGGCGGCGGUCAUUCGUUCUUGAGCCCAUGGAAGGGGAUGGCGUCGGAUAAUGCCCUGGAGUUCAAUGUCGUCACGGCUUCGGUUUGGCGCGCAGCACUGAAGUUGCUACAGGGAGAUCUAGUCACUGCCAAUGCCUACCAGAAUUCGGAUCUGUUCUGGGCGCUGCGAGGCGGUGGAGGAGGCACCUUUGGCGUCAUCACCCAAGUCACCGUUCGUACAUUCGAGGAAAUUCCUCUCGUCAUUACCUCCAUGAACAUCACCACUGCCGCCGGAGAUCCCGCAUUUUGGAACGCCGUGGCGGACUUUCAUGCUGCGUUACCGGCCGUGACUGACGCACGAGGAGGCGGAUACUACACGGUGACUCCCAUUCUGCCGUGGGAGAAGAAUCAGACCCUCUCGGUGUUGAGCUUUACGCAUUUCCAUGCCAACACUAGCAACACCACCGAGAUUGGCCAGGUCUAUGAGCCACUGGUGAAGAAGCUCAACGCGACUGCGGACGUGCAUACACAGUAUAGAUCCUUCCCCAUGCCCAGUUUCCAUGAGGCCAUAACAAAGCUCCUACUCGUCGGCGAUGCGGAUACGACAGGACAAAUCGCCUUCCUCUUCUCCAGGCUGUUCUCGAGAGACCUCCUCACCUCCCAGGACGGACCCGCCAGGCUCGCUUCUACGUUGAGUAAAUUCCGCUAUACGCCUGGGGAACCCAUCGCCGGCAUCGUGGUGGGAGGCGGCGCCGUGGCAGAGAACGCAGGCAAAGUGGACAGUGCACUCAACCCGGCUUGGAGAAAGGCGGUUGUGCAUAUCGUGUACGUCCGAAGUUGGAGUCCCAAUGCCACUCUGGCAGAGCAGCAGGCCGUCAUCAAGAACGUGACGGAUGUUGAGCUGCCAUUGCUGCAAGGAGUCGAGGGUGCAGACAAGAUGGGCGCGUAUGUGAACGAGGCCUUUCCCUAUGAACCCAACUUCCAAGACUCUUUCUGGGGCAGUAACUACCCCCGUUUGUACAGCAUCAAGCAGAAAUGGGAUCCGGAUGGUCUUUUCAUAGCGCGCCGGAUGGUUGGCAGCGAGGAUUGGGAUGAUCAGGGCCUCUGUCGGAUUGCGAAGUGA